AUGAGGCCUAGGGCCAACACUAUCAGUCACGUCGAAGGAGCAGCUGUGGGAAUGUUUGCGUCUACAAAUGCUGCCUCCAGACCUGCCCAACCAGGCCAUACCCAUCAUCCCAGUCUUGCAGGCCUCCCAAAUCUUCCGAAUUUUGACUAUCGCUCCAGUAGUAGCUCUUUGAAUGGGCUAUCAAAACUGGAUACCGCAGCUCUCACUAAUGAAUAUCCCGAUGCUCUUCGCACUGCACCAGUUUACGGGAGCUUCGAUGUCCCCUUUGGUAUGGGUGACGCAAUGAUGGGCCAGGGAAGUACAAUUAACCCUGCACAGCUGCAUUUUGCAGGCUCACCGCAUGGCUUUGCCGAUUCCCCUGCAUCCCCCUUCUCACAUAAUUUUUCAAAUAUGACGGCUACACAGAGUACACUUGAAGAUGACCUUAAAUUCGAAUGGCUGAAUGGUCUCGAUAACGCCGUGGCAUUCGCACCCAACGACUCCGCAAUUGAUGGCUCAUCGCCAUCUGCCAUGAGUACAGGAAGUCAAAGUGGGCUCAGUGAAGCAAUCCUCGAUGCCGCCAACCAAGCUGCCACAACAUCCGCUGGUAGCACAACCUGGCCCGCCACACUACAAUCCCAAGCUCAAAGCCAAUCACAACAAUACGCUUUGGACUUCGCCAGUCUUACAUUUCCUGAGUUUGCUGCACCUCCCGAUACUGUGUCCCCUAAGUCUCUUCUCUCACAUGGACAUGCUUCUAAUAAUUCUUUCUCGACAUCUACUUCUCUGGCGUCAAUGAAUGGACCCGUGCUUUCGGGAGCCCCUACCAGUACGUUCCAUAUUUCAUCCGUGGGUGGAACAAAUGGCCUUCAGUCCUUUGGAUCUGGCUAUAAACAAACUUCUCAACCAGCCUACUUGAGUUCUAUCACUGAUUCAACGCGACAGGCUUUGAUGGGGACUUUACAGCAGCCUUCGGGUUUCAAUAACCGCCGAUUCUCGCAACACUCCCUUAGUGCCUCGCCUAUGAGCCCUUCAAGCCCCGGGAACAUGUUAGGAAACUCCCAACAUGCCUGCAAUCUACCUAGUACAUACGAUCUUCAGCGAUAUGUCUCUGCUUAUGUUACAUAUUUUCAUCCACAUUUACCGUUCCUCCACAUUCCAACCUUGGAUUUCACUGCUCUUGAAUAUUCAGGGAAACCUAUAUCUUCGGGCACUGCUGGCAAUAUUGCACUCGGGGGUGGAUGUCUUAUCCUCUCCAUGGCCGCGAUUGGUGCCCUCUAUGAGUAUGAUUCAGCCACAUCAAAGGAGCUUUUCGAGUCCGCCAAGAAGAUGAUUCAGCUCUAUCUUGAGGAAAGACGGAGAGCUGAUAUGUCCGCUGCUAUCAACCGCUCCAACUACAACCGUGAUAAUUCGCUUCAUAAUACUCCACUUUGGCUUGUGCAAGCGAUGUUACUUAAUGUUAUUUACGGUCAUAACUGCGAUGACAAAACAGCAGUUGAUAUUGCUAGCACUCAUUGCGCGGCCCUUAUUAGCCUAGCCCGAGCUGCUGAAUUAACCCAGUACCAUCCGCCCGAGUCUCUGCCUGCUGACCAACUUGGGUACAAUUCUUCCUCUAGCGAUUUGUUAGACCCCAAUAUGGAGACAUGGAUGAGACAACACACAGAGAUCUCCAAUGAAAGGAAAGAAUGGCUAAAGUGGAAAGUCGUUGAGGAAAGAAAGAGAACGCUUUAUGCCAUAUUUACUCUUUCCAGCUUGUUGGUUUCUACAUACAACCACUCUCCUGCUCUUACGAAUUCCGAAAUCCAUCUUACUUUGCCUUGUGAAGAACAACUUUGGGCAGCCGGAUCUCCCGAGGCUUGGAAGGCCAUGGGAGGUGCUGAGAACACAUUUAUUGAAUUCUCCACGGCCCUUAAGUCUCUUCUUGCUGCGGGCCAGACUCCAUCCCAAAACCAAUACGGGUCAACCAUCCAAGCAGACGGAUCUCUCUCUGGUGAAUUGCGGCCAAGUACCUUCGGAUGCCUGAUAUUAAUCCAUGCUUUGCAUAACUAUGUUUGGGAAACACGACAGCUACAUUUGGGUAAACAAUGGUCAAAUCAAGAGACCGAAGCAAUGCAUGUACACAUCGAACCCGCAAUCAGAGCCUGGCAACGAGCCUGGAGUAGUAACCCUACGCACAGUCUAGAACGACCAAACCCAUUUGGCGCCGGCCCGUUAUCUGCGGACAGCAUACCACUAUUGGAUCUGGCUUAUGUUCGAUUAUACGUAAACCUUGGCCGGUCGAAGGAAGCCUUUUGGCAACGAGAUUGGAGCAAUAUGGCGGAUGAACUUACCAAAGCGGUCCAAUCCGUAUCGCUUUCUAACAGUAACCCCGAGUCAGAAUUCUCACUCUCAACCAAUGAUGACGCGAUCUCAGCUCAAAUGUUAGAAUCCCUUGCAGAUUACGGAGUUGCAGACCUCACAAUAUCAGGCUCUUCAAAUGAUGAUCUCUCCUUACUUGCCACUGGCGGACAAAACAACAUGCAAGCAUCCAGAAGUGAGCGCCUUCUUCGCAAAGCUGCCUUCUAUGCCGCCGAUUCUAUUUCGAUGUCGAAUGAAUGGGGAAAUACCUUUGCUGAGUUCACUUCCCGUGAUCUACCAAUCCAAAACGCCAUAUGUUUAUUCGAUUCAGCACAAGUAUUAGCGGAAUGGGCUACCGCAGUUCAAGAGCGUAUUGGACCAUUCCUUGGAAUUCUAGGCCAAGACCAUGUUGAUUUCAAUGAAGUUCCAGCGACAGUGUUACUAGAGGAGGAGGAUCGCAAUCUAAUGCGGAAGAUCCAGGAUAUCUUGAACAAUGUCGAGAAUAAAAUGAAGAAUAUGAUGUCUCAUCUUGGCACAAUAGGAUCAGAAUCAUGGAAUCAUCUGCCUAGUCUGGUUGAUGGCGGUUAUGGAACGAAAAUUGUUCUCUCGGCUGCCUUUUUGCUAAACAAGGCCGGUGUCUGGCCAGAAUAUGAAAUUGAGAGCUCGGAAUUCCUGUUCGGGAUAGGCAUUGGAAUUCGCAUCUUCCAUAGCAUGUCUUGCAAGAUGAUACCAGUUGGUCGUUUCACUUUCAAAUAUUAA